AGAAUAAUAGAGUAGUUAUAUUUUAUUAACAUUGUAAUUACAUGCAACAGUUACGCAACAAGGAGUCAGGAUGACGGCUGGCCUCAUUCGGGAGCCCGCGUGCCCGGUGCGGCGUCCUCGCGACCGACCUUCCUCGGGCGCGCCAUUUACGUCCAACAAACUAUAAACCUUUCGCAUCAUAUAAAUAUAAUAGACACGACGCACUAUAAAUAGAUAACUACGACUAGAUCGUAGUCAUUCGAUAAUCGAUCGGAAAUGAAGUCAAUGGUUUUGUUCUGUGUGAUCGCCGGGAGCCUCGGACAGGCGCCGGCGGCGCGAGCGCCGGGACAGCUCCAGCCGCCGCGCCUGCCACCCGCCAGAUUUAGGUCGCAGCGCUUUGAACUAGUCCCAACGACUGAACCGUCAGUUGAACCAACCACUGACUCAGUCGGGGGGCCGUACCCGCCCUCCGGGUGGAAGCCUGUGGGCGCGCCACUCGCGCUGCCCGAUGAGCAGACAGCAGCGAGCGGCCCCUAUCCGCCCUCGGGGUGGACGCCCGCAGGGAAACCUUUCCGGCUGCCCGGGGACGGGCUACCGAGCACCAGCUAUGGAACACCCGAUGACGUAUACGGCGUGCCCGACGAUACUUUUGCCGCAACUACCACAGACGCCCCCGCCACCGACACCCCAGAGCAACUUAAAGUAGAAAAAAUAGAAGGUCCCGUGGAGGUGCUGAAGAGCGUAGGUACGUACUUUGUGCUGCUGCCCAGCGGGCAGCUGCAGCUGGUGAGGGUGACGGGCGCGAGGGGCCCGGCAGAGGCCGCGGGAAGCCCGGCGCGCUUGCAGUUCAGCCGCCGUGCGUAGGUGCCGGCGCUCGGUCG